UAGGAAAUGUCAACAUUUACGAUGGCCUAAAAUGGCACAGAGCCUUCAAACGUAAUUGAUUCCAUGACAAGUAAUACGACCAACGUGCGUCAAAUUUCAAAAAUGGAUCAAAAAAUGGAAUCUAUGAAGGCUGUAGUUGAACAAUUGCGGCGAGAAACACAAGUGCAACGAAAAAAUGUUUCCGAAGUGGCAAGAGAUCUUCUCGACUACUGUGAAAAGCACAAAGGUAGCGAUACUCUGGUGAGUGGUACAACAGAUGCACAAAAUCCUUUCCGCGAGAAGAAGGGUUGCACAAUGAUUUGAUGUCGCCUCUGUGAUCAUGUAGCUCCAUUAUUGCUAGUCCGAAGUACCAUUAAAAAGGUUGUUUCAGAAACUGGUGAACAUGAACACUCUAGUUGUACUCAUAUGAGAUUUUCGUGUAGCUAAUUUAAUCCUGUCUCACUAUACUUAAAGAUCUUUAAAUCCAUCAAACUUGAUUCUCUUGCCGGAACAUUAACGCUGAAUUUGUCGCUAUGCAUUGCGUAAAGCACCUCGAAAUAAAUCAUUGUGCCAAGG